AGAAGCUGAUCUUAAAGUGCACUUAUCAACGUGAAUGGAUUUUUGCCAUCCCAUAAUUUCGUGUUAUUAUUAUCUACAGCAGUGGGCGGUUUCAGACGCAGGCAAAUUGAUCAAAGUCCUAAAAGGGCGGAUUUAUCAGGACGGUAUCUGUUACCGUCCAGCACAUGAAGUAGAAAUUGAUCCAGCCUGAUGUAGUGUGCAGUAGCAGAAACACUCUCACUCUACUGAAGGUUUUCUUCACUGUUGUAUAUCGAGUCCGAGAUGAGAAGGAGAGUUGAUGAAACUGCUGCGUCCAAACGCCCUGAGGGGAAAUCGGUGAAAAGGGAAACUGGUGAAGUGCAAACCAAAACCAGGUCAUCAUGGUGGGUGUGGGUGAAAAGGGGACUGAUAGCCCUCUGCACUCUGUAUGUGGCCACGCCAUUGAUUCUGCAAUUCUUUCCCAGUGUCAUACAAUACCUGGUUUAUAAACACGCCGUAACAUAUUUUGUUGACCUGAGGCGUCCCUGUGAUCUUGGUCUCAAUCACACCGUCAAUAUGUACCUGACCUCAGAAGCAGGAGUGACACUAGGAGUAUGGCACACGGUUCCUGAACAAAAGUGGAAGGAGGCUCAAGGUAAAAGUUUGGAGUGGUAUGAGCAGUCUUUGGGGGAUGGUUCCCCUGUUUUCAUCUACCUCCAUGGCAAUACGGGUAACAGAGCAGCGCCACAUCGUUUAGGAGUUGCCAAUGUGUUAAGUGCUCUUGGCUAUCAUGCUGUGGUUAUGGAUUACAGAGGAUUCGGGGAUUCAACCGGAGAGCCCACCGAGGCUGGAUUAACCACGGAUACACUUUAUCUGUACCACUGGGUACGGGCACGCAGCAAGGACAGUCUGGUCAUCAUAUGGGGUCACUCCCUUGGCACAGGAGUGGCAACUAACACUGCAGUGAAACUACAAGAGCAAGGAAACCCUGUUGAUGCAGUGAUACUUGAAGGUGCUUUCACAGUUGCAGAAAUGCCCAAAGGAUACCCCCAUCCUUUCACCUGGUAUUACUGGAGAUUUCCAUACAUACAGUACUACUUUUCCCAGGACUCUAUUAAAGCAAAUAAAUUUGUAUUGCCCAAUGUUCAAAACUUGAAAAAAAUGACAACUCCUCUUAUGAUCCUUCAUUCUAAAGAUGACCACAUGGUUCCUUUCAGGAUGGCUGAGGAGCUUUACAACACUGCUAAAAGUGUGCUGAAGUCAGAGAAUAAAGUCAGACUGGUGGCAUUUGAUGGAUCCCAUGGAUAUCUUCAUAAUGGACUUUAUAGGGAUCCUGCACUGCCAAAUUAUAUAAGGGAGUUUGUGCAGUCAGUUGCAAAGUAAUCUGAAGGCUUCAAAGGUGGCACCAAGUUAAACCUACAGGUUUUCAUCUUCACAUAUAUGUUUUGCUAUCCUAUUUUAACUUUAGUGAUGUCUGCUUGCAGUUCAGUUUUGUUUUUUGUUUUUUUGUUUUUUUAAAAAGUCAUUCCUGUUCUGAGCUUAUGGUGUCAAUUCAGUGGACACUCUCUUUCUCUCUCUUGCUCUCUAUCUUGCAAACACACACACAUUUGUUAGAUUCCAGAUAAUGCACAUACAUUAUGCACAUCAUGAAUUGAACAUAUAUAAUUACAACUGUGAUACAUCUGUGACUGUUAAACAGUGCAUUUGAAUGAGAAUGAGAAUGAUAAAGGAGUAGUCUUGAAACACUCUUAAACAUCACAAUUCUUAUUUUUUAUUUUUGAUGAUGCCUUGUAAAUCAUGAUGACUACUUUAUAAACAAUAAAAACAAAUGCUAAAAAGCAUUUAUUAAUAAGCUUAAAGAGUUAUUAAAAAAAACAAUGAUGAUGUGUACAAGGAAUAAACAUUAAAGUAUCUGUC